AUGGAGGGUCUUUACAAUGACAUGGAGGAGUAUGGAAAAAUUUGUCAGUUAUACGAAGAAAAAAAACAGAAAAAAGAAAAAAAAGUAGCUAAAAAUGAUGAUAUACUUGAUGAAGAUAUACUAUGGAUGUAUGAAACAAAAGAAGAAAAAGAUGUAAAAGAACAAGAAGAAUUCUUACUAGGAAAAAAAAUUAAUAUGCAAAAGCUAAUUGAAGAAGAGGAACAAGUAAAAAAAGAGUCUAUUAACAACAAAAAUAAUAUAGACCAUUUAAACAAACUAAGAGAAGACCCAUUAACUAUUAUUAAAAGAAUUGAAAUUCAAAAAAAGAAAAUGAUAGAUGAUCAAAAGAGACUAUUAGAAAUGCAAAGGUCCAAGGGUAUUCGUGAAAUUAACAAUAUAAAUAAACAAAGAGAAACAUUAAGCAGUCCAUCGACAGAUGAACAGGAUGCGUUGAGAAGAAAAAGAGAUAAAAGAAGGAAAGAAAAGCAUAAGGAGGAGAAAAAAAGGAGAAAGAAAAGGGAACAAGAAAGAGAAAGAAGAAGAGAACGAGAAAAAGAAGGAAGAAGAGAACGAGAAAAAGAAAGAAGAAGAGAUCGAGAAAAAGAAAGAAGAAGAGAACGAGAAAAAGAUAGGAAAAACGCAGAUAAGGAAAAAAAGCAAAAGAGGAAAGAAAAAAGAAGACACGAAAAACGUAAAGGGGAAACGUAUAUAGAGUCAGAUACAGACUCUCACACGGAAGAGAGGGAAGAUAUAAAAAGAGUAAAAAAAAAAAAACUUGAAAAAGAAGACGAGAAAGGCCGGAAAAAAGGCAUAACUGAGAGAAUAGAUAAGGAAAGGGAUCGAAAUAGAGAUAAGGAAAGAGAUCAAAAAAGAUAUAAAGAAGGGAAGAGUGAUAUACUCAAGGGUAAAAAAAAGGGAAAAGGAAAUAAACACGAGCGCAAAAUAUGUAGUGAUAGUAAUACAAGAGAAAAAAGAAAAAGCGAGAAAAAAAUUAACAGUUAUGGUGAAAGUGAUAGAGAUGAAAAAAGAGAAAGAAGUGUGGAAAUAGAUAGGGAAAGAAAAAGACGAAGAAAGGAAAGAUGA